ACUGUCUUAGUCGCUCCUGUCGUUUGUUGUAGCUUCAACUCACCAAAAUCUAUCACAAUGGCGUCCGAGAAGUCUUCUGGCACCUUCGCGGUCAAGGUGGGCCUGGCCCAGAUGCUCAAGGGUGGCGUGAUUAUGGACGUGACCACCGCGGAGGAGGCGCGCAUCGCCGAGGAGGCCGGUGCCGUGGCCGUGAUGGCGCUGGAGCGUGUGCCCGCUGACAUCCGUCGCGAUGGCGGUGUUGCUCGCAUGAGCGACCCCACCAUGAUUAAGGCCAUCAAGGCCGCCGUGACCAUCCCGGUGAUGGCCAAGGCCCGCAUUGGCCACUUCGUGGAGGCUCAGAUCCUGGAGGCUCUGGGCGUUGACUACAUCGACGAGUCGGAGGUGCUGACCCCCGCUGACGAGAUCCACCACAUCAACAAGCACAACUUCAAGGUGCCCUUCGUGUGCGGCUGCCGCGAUCUGGGUGAGGCCCUGCGCCGCAUCGCCGAGGGCGCCGCCAUGAUCCGCACCAAGGGCGAGGCCGGCACCGGCAACGUGGUGGAGGCCGUGCGCCACUGCCGCGCCGUCAUGGGCGCCAUCCGCCAGCUGCAGACCAUGGACGACGACGAGCUGUACGUGUACGCCAAGGAGAUCCGCGCGCCCGUGGAGCUGGUGCGCCAGGUCAAGACCCUGGGCCGACUGCCCGUGGUCAACUUCGCCGCCGGCGGCGUGGCUACCCCCGCCGAUGCCGCGCUGAUGAUGCAGCUGGGCAUGGACGGCGUGUUUGUGGGCAGCGGCAUCUUCAAGAGCGGCGACCCCGCCUCGCGCGCCCGCGCCAUCGUGCAGGCCGUGACGCACUACAACAACCCCGCGGUUCUUGCCGAGGUCUCGUCUAACCUGGGCGAGCCCAUGGUGGGCAUUGACAUCCGGGAGAAGGGCUUCAACAGCUACGCCCAGCGCUCGGAGUAAAUGCGCGCGUGCUUUUGCUUAGAGGACAUGCGCUCAGUGGAGGUGAUGGGCAUGGUGAGCCUUACCGCGACGCAGGCCCAGCGCUCGGAGUAGGCGCACGGUUCAAGGUGGCGGUGGACGUGUGAUGGGCGUGACGGUUGUCUGGAGCAAGCGGCAACGGACACGUGGGUGCAAUGCGGUUUGUUCAGGUCAGGCGGUGUGUGCCUGUUUGGUCGAGACCGGGACGGGUGGCGGGAGGUGAUGCUGCGAGGGGCUGAGGUCGGCGGCCGCCGGCUGCAACGGUCGGUGGUUGCGGGUAGAUGCCAGCGAUGGGGCGGCUCAAAUCGGAGGGCCGUGUGCAUGACCGUGUGCGCGUGCGCCGGUGAUGGGUUGCGGCUUUCGACGGAGGAAGGGGUGAGGGGCGGUGCGCGACCCCGGGAAUGUACUUGUAGCUUUAUGGCACUAAGAAGGCGCGCGCGCAUGUGUGUGGACAUGUUUGUGGGGUGCACUCCCACCGCGGCGGCGCCUUUGUUGACGGUGAUGGCAGUGCAACUGGACGGGUCACGUGGGCAAGGAGCAGGGUGCGUUUCCUUAAACUCCUGCCUCGGUUGAGGAGGAGAAGAGCGAUGGGACAGGACUGGCGCACAGAAAGGGUUGCGUGUGUUGUGACCCUUUAUCAACAGUGCGACUCGUGUGCAUCGGACAUGUGGACAGUUGAUGCCAACCCUGGCGCGUCGUCUUUCACGAGGGCUGUUCGUUUCCUGUGCGACUGGCUCUGGAGCUGCGUGGGGCUGCUUUGUCGCUCCGUGCAUGCGCGUGUUAAGGACGCCGCUGAAAGGUUGAACACACACAACACAAGACCUGACUGAACAUGUGUAACACGCUCUUGGC